AUGUAUGUGAAAUGGUUUGAUACAGUAAUGUUUUACUAUGUGAUUUUAGCGUAUUUAGUGAAUGUCACUUUUUCACAUUUUUAAAUUUCCCGCCGUUCCGUCCCCGUACGUCCCGACGUCGCAGGGAACGGAACCCGGAAGACUGAUGCCGGCAUCGGCCGGAGGACAUUGCCGGGGACACUGCAGGAGGGACAUCGCGGGAGCGAAGGAGAAGGUAAGUGGUCGAGGGAUCCCGGAGCAACGCUGCAGGGUAAUCCCGAGUGUAGCUCGGGUUACCGUUUGUGCUACACUCGGGAAUACCGCCAGGGAGGAU